AUGUCUGCUCCACCGCCUCCGCCAUUUCCGCCUCCACCUCCACCACCACCGCCGCCGCCGCCGCCUCCGUUACCUCCGUUACCUCCUCCUGAAAACAAAAACACAUCUAACUUUAGAACUAAGAGACCUACACUGGACAGAAUGUUCGCUUCGACGUCACAAAGAAAUGAUGAUGGUUUGCGGACGUCUUACAAUAUCUCGUUACUUAUAGCAAAAUCCGGAAAACCGCAUACUAUCGGAGAGAAGUUAAUUUUGCCAGCCGUUGAAGAUGUUUUAAAAACUGUUUUACAUAAACCUGCAUCUGAUAUCAUUAAAAGAAUUCCCUUAAGCAACAAUACUGUUGAAAGACGUAUUGAUGAAAUGAGUUCUGAUAUUGAAAGCUUCUUAUGUAAUUAUUUGCAAACGACCCAUUUCUCUAUACAACUGGACGAGUCAACUUUACCUGAUAAUGCAGCAUUAUUAUUGGCAUAUGUUCGUUUUAUUAUGAAUCAAGAAAUCUGCGAAGAACUGCUCUUCGCAAGAACUUUGAUAACCGACACUAAAGGUGAAUCAAUAUUUCAUGUUUUGAAGGAUUACUUCAUUGAAAAAGCAAUUCCUUUAUCAAAUAUAAUAUCAGUAGCUACAGAUGGAGCACCUCCCAUGAAGAGACCUACACUGGACAGAAUGUUCGCUUCGACGUCACAAAGAAAUGAUGAUGGUUUGCGGACGUCUUACAAUAUCUCGUUACUUAUAGCAAAAUCCGGAAAACUGCAUACUAUCGGAGAGAAGUUAAUUUUGCCAGCCGUUGAAGAUGUUUUAAAAACUGUUUUACACAAACCUGCAUCUGAUAUCAUUAAAAGAAUUCCCUUAAGCAACAAUACUGUUGAAAGACGUAUUGAUGAAAUGAGUUCUGAUAUUGAAAGCUUCUUAUGUAAUUAUUUGCAGACGACCCAUUUCUCUAUACAACUGGACGAGUCAACUUUACCUGAUAAUGCAGCAUUAUUAUUGGCAUAUGUUCAUUUUAUUAUGAAUCAAGAAAUCUGCGAAGAACUGCUCUUCGCAAGAACUUUGAUAACCGACACUAAAGAAGUUGAUUUGCAAGAACUUCUACAGAAAACAGCUGAAAGUAUCCUUGAAAUAAUAAAUUUUGAAGAUAGAGAUUGCCGGAUUAAAGUGAUAUGCAAGUGGGGAUCUGAUGGCAGUACUGGGCAUAGCCAAUAUAAGCAGAAAUUUUCUGAUUUAGAAAACACCGACGAAUUUCUGUUUCUUGUAGCAAUGACGCCACUCAGAUUGAUUGAUAUGGAAACGAAUAUGGUAUUGUGGAAAAAUGAGAGCCCUUCAUAUACUUUAUAUUGUAGGCCGAUCAAGUUUUUAUUUAAAAAGGAAAAUGCUGAUUUAGUGCGGAAUACGGAAAAGGAAAUAAUAACAAAAAUUGAAAAUUUGAUUCCUAUUGAGAUUAAAACAAAAGAAGGGCACUCUUAUAUAAUUGAAGUUGAUAUGAUGUUAACAAUGUUGGACGGCAGUGUUGGAAACGUUCUAUCAGAGACAAAUUCAACUAUGAAGUGCAUCAUUUGCUGA